CCAUACUCUACUUUGUUCGAUUGCCCGUUCGAGGAGGAUGAGGACAGCGAGCAAGCUGGCGGUGGCGUCGUGGCUGGUGUGGGCCAAUGUGAGGAGAUACCCGUGGUUGUUGGCGCAGGUGUUCGACCCGGCGGAUGCUUCGGCGCUCGGGGAACGCCGGCGGCGCGGAUCCGCCCUGGUCGUCUACUCGUGCUCGGGAAACAUCGGCGCCGCAGAUCCGCCAUGGUCGCCUGCUCGCGCUCGGCAGGGACGCGCUCAAAGGCGAGGCCUUUGUCAGGUACUUCUCCGUGCCGUAAGACUCACCAGCUCAGGCGGCCAUCACCAAAGAUUAGGGUAGGGGGUGAGAUUCGGCAGCUGCCCUGGACACCCGACGAGGUGCACCCCAUUGACGACUCCUCCAUCUUCCUCCGCCCCGAACAAACCCUCGGAGUCGUGCGCGACGUGCUCUCUGCCAUGCCUCGGCUGUGCGAUUAGGACGGCGCACCACACGGUGGCUCAACGGUGAGUGUCGGCCCUGCUACUGCUAGCGCGCCUGCGACGACAAUGCAAAGAAAGAACGAAACUUGGGGAUUAAGUAUUCCACUGUCCAUGUAAUCGCCUAUGUGGCUCAAAACCACUGUCCAUGUCAGCUAAAACAGCCAUCACAAACCUCAGGGGGGUUAAUUGGCCGGUAAUUGGAAGCUCGGGGGGUUAUUUGUUCCAGUUGAA